GCUGUGCCGCAUACAAGUUAAAUCAGGUGAACUCAGACAGCUUUGUCACUGACAAGACUAAGCGGCUCCACCUGGCUCGGCUUUUUUUGUGUAUUUCAAAUAAGUAAUUCCAUUUGUUGUUUUGUACAUUUUUAUUUUUUUGGAAGUUGGUCUCUUUUGGAGUGGACCCUAUCGCCCCGAGUCAUUCCCGUGUGAGUAACAUCUAGCACGUAACUAGGUGAGGUUAAAUUUUUCUCACUUUAGCUAACAGUCGGAACUUUAGCAGUAAAAUCCACAUUUCCGCGACGUUUCCAGAACGAAUCAGGGCUCUGUUCCAAUGGGAACAGCAUCCGAUCUGUCUCUUGGAAAUUAAUCCUCUCAUCCAGCCCAACAAAACCAAUGACCUCGCCAGUGUCCUGACCUUGUGAAGAUAUGGGAGACUGGAGGAUAGCCACACCUACAGAGACAUCUUUGGGAAACCAUGAGAUCUCCAGCAUUUCACAAGUGACAGAGUCUCCCUCCAGGCAGAACACCUUUGGGCUGAUGUACCCCUCUUCACCUCUCUCUAAAAGUUCAUUCAUUGUCUUGAGUGCCUUCUGUACAGAGGACAACAUUCCACAGUGUAUUUCAUACAUUGAUAAGGAGAUUGCUUCCCUGGGUCUCUCCUCCACAUGUAUUAAGGCCAGCUCAGCAGAGGGAGCCAGCCUAAGCACGGUGCCAGCUCUGAAUGCCAUGUACCUGCUGCUGCAGGAGCACCGACGCAGUCAGCGCUACCUAGAGCAGCUAGAGAAAGAGCAGCUAAAGAGCUCCAGCACCUUGGAACACCUGCAGAUCAGCAACUCCAGACUGAAGGAUCAGUUGGAAUUGUUCAAGAGGGAGAAAUCAGGUCUGUACGAGACAGAAAGGCAGCUACAACUCAAAAUUAAGACUUUGCAGAGUUGUCUAAAAACAGAAAAGGAAGAGGUACAUAAACUCCAAAGUAUCAUCUCCAGCCGUGCCUCUCAGUACAACCACGAUGCCAAAAGGAAAGAAAGGGAGUGCACAAAGCUCAAAGAGCGCCUAAGCCAGCUGCUGGUUGACAAAAAAGACAAGAAACUAGCUAUUGAAGUUCUGAACUAUCUGGGACGUUCUGAUGGCAAAAGAAGCCAAUGGAGGACAGCAAGAUUGGGAGCCAGUCAUGAGGGCGAGAUGUACAAGUCCCUCCUUAAUGACUACGAGUCACGUCAGAGGUCCCUGUUGCUGGAGAAUGCUGAACUGAAGAAAGUCCUCCAGCAGAUGAAGAGGGAGAUGAUAUCUAUUUUGAGUCCACACCAGCCCUGCUCCAGAGGAACCCUAGUUGACAGCCUUGAGCAGGCUGGCUCAGAUGGGGAAGAGGAGAAAGGUGAGUGUACCAGGAUCCUGGACCAGUCCUGUGAGCAUGCCAGGGAGCAGCUCACUAACAGCAUCCGCCAGCAAUGGAGGAGACUGAAGAGCCACAUGGAGAAAUUAGACAGCCAAGCGUCUCUAGUGCAGACCCAACAACAGUCGGCUGAAGAAGUGGUGCCUAGGGAGCUCCAUGAGGAGGAAAUGGAGAGGAUGAAGCUUGAAGUUCAGCAGUGCAAAGACUUCAUUCACACCCAGCAGGAGCUCCUCCAGCAGCAUUUCAACUUUUCCUUUGAUGAUGAGACAGCAGCUCUUCUCAAUGACUGCUACAUGCUGGAAGAGAAAGAGCGACUGAAGGAGGAGUGGAGGCUCUUUGGGGAACAGAAGAGAAACUUUGAGUGGGAAAGGAAGAACUUCACGGAAGCAGCUAUCCGUCUGUGUCGUGAGAAGGCUGCCUUUGAGGAGGACCGGGCUGCCUGGCUCAAGAAUCAGUUCUUGGAUAAGUCUCCCUUUGUGGACCGCAAGAGACAUUCCUUGUCUGACUCCCAAAGUGCCUUAUCAAUCAGAAGUGAGCCAGAGAUGAGGGUGUCCUCUGCUUCAGCUCACAUGCCAAAAUCAUCACCAUACACUACGUUCUCCACUCUUAAAGCUGCCCGCAGUGCUGGUGUGCCAUCCACAGCAGAGUUUUCCCGUGCACUCAACCUCAUGCCAGACAGCAGUUACUCCAGGCACUCAACGCGAGGGAGCUGGCAGGAAUCUAGCGCUGUCCAAGCGGGAGAUACUAUGGUCAAGUCAAAGCACAGAAUCCAGUGUGGAGACUUGAGUAUCUUUUCUCUGGGUGAAGAUGAAAACAGCCUCACUUGAGGAUGGUCUCGUGCCAUUUUUGCAGACUCCACUUUUACAAAUUUGGAUGACAAUCUAUGAUCGAAUGCCAUCAGCACUGCCUCAGGAUGCCACAGAUGAUCAGUGUGUGUGUGUGUAAUUUUUGCAAUAUCAAUUAAACAUGGACAUAUGUGGCUCAUUCAUUAUCCUUAAUAUGCAAGAGUGCACUUUAAUGUAUACCAAUGCCAAUUUUUUGUGUGUUUUUUUUUCUUUGUAGGCAAAGGAUCAUUUGGGGGAUGUUAUGUUAUUUAAGUCACCCAAACGCUAAUUUUAAUAGAAUGGAGGUCAGAACACUCCUUUUUUACGUUUAUUUAAGAUCUUUGAUGUUUGAGUAGUUUUUAGUUUCCAAAAUCAACUUGAAUGUUUACACAGUCCUUCCUCUGUAUGUGUCGGUAUUAAUGUUAUUUCAACGAAAGCUCAAAAAAGUUACAUCAGAUGAACAACAACCUGCAACAGUGCAAUAAAGAUGUUUUU